AUGUUCGAUCUCGCAAAAACCCAGACUAAUUCCAAAAGUCCGCCCACACCACCACCACCAGAGAUUCUGGGCUUGAAAAUUUCCGACCAUGUCUUAAAACUCAGAACAACCCCUCCGAGCCGCUUCUUCCAAGCACCGCACUCACCUGUGGACGUACAUGAUGCACCCACUGGAUCAUACUUCUGCUACGGCACUUUGACCGACCCCUGCAUGGUUCGUGAGAUUCUGGAACUGGAAACCGAGCCCAAGCUACGCCCGGCACGCAUAUCGGGCUAUGAGUGUAAGUUAUGGGGGCAAUACCCCGCACUAGUGGAAGCUCCAGACUCUGCUGUGGUGGGCACAGUCUAUAAUGUCGGAACUAUUGAAGACGGGGUGAAGCUUGCGAUAUACGAAACAAACAACUACCGCGCUAGUCCUUGUCGCAUUCACUAUACCGAUGGAAAGGAGCCUACCGACGGACUCGGGUAUACAUUUAUAUUCCAAGGGAAUAAGGAGGAUUUGAGCGAAGGAGUUUUUGACCUGAGGAUCUGGUUGAAAAGAAUGGGACGACUGGGAGCACACAAUGUAUCUGCUGGACCUGCCUAA